AUGACUCAAGCAGACUCGCAGAGUGCUGGAAACUGGAUGUGGUCGCUGCGACAGCUUCAAUCACUCCUGCUGACCAUUGAUGAUUUUGUUGCCGUGAUGACGUUGUCGCUGGGGAUGCCCGACAAGGUCGGCGACCCUUAUUGGCUCCAGUGGGAGGACAAUAAGAACGGACAGCACACGUACUGUUGCACAUGGUUCGGAAGCGUUGAUAACAGAAGUUACGGCUGCGAUGGCCAGUCAACCUUCACGUUACCCGAUAACGGCGUUUUAUUCGGCCAUGCCCUUCUCCAAAACGUGUCAUCCUUCAAUGCCCCCGAGGUGACCAAUGCGACCAAUGCGACCAAGGCAGAGCCCUCUGGGGGCUCGUCCAGCCGGGAGAUAGCUAUUGGCGCGGGACUUGGAGUGUCGUUGGGGACACUCAUGCUGGCGUUUCUAGCGUGGGCGCUUUUCGAGCGUCGGGAGAGAUUCCGUGCAAGGAGUACGCCCGCUCCCACGUAUAAUGUCACGCACGGCCACCCCUCUAGUUAUGUAUAUCCUCAUGGCACCGGAAUGACCAAACCACCCGUGGAAUUGGAUCAUAAUGUACCGGUUUCGGAAAUCAUGGGCCGUGAGAGAUAA